UAGCUUAGCGGGUUUCUGAUAUCUUGGGCUCUAAGACUACUGUUCAUGGCGGAGCACUUAGCUUCUAUCUUCGGCACUGAAAAGGACCGAGUGAAUUGUCCCUUUUAUUUCAAAAUUGGUGCCUGCCGCCACGGCGAUAGGUGCUCCCGUCUUCACAACAAGCCCACCAUUUCUCCAACUCUCCUUUUAUCAAACAUGUACCAGCGGCCCGAUAUGAUCACCCCUGGUGUUGAUCCCCAAGGACAGCCUAUCGACCCUCGGAAGAUCCAGGAACACUUUGAGGAUUUCUAUGAGGACAUAUUUGAGGAGCUCAACAAAUUCGGUGAGAUAGAGAGUUUGAACAUCUGUGACAACCUGGCAGAUCACAUGGUUGGCAAUGUUUACGUUCAGUUCAAGGAGGAAGAUCAAGCCGCUGCAGCUUUGCGGGCACUGCAGGGGCGUUUCUACUCUGGUCGCCCAAUCAUUGUCGAUUUCUCCCCAGUGACUGAUUUUCGUGAGGCUACUUGCAGGCAAUUUGAGGAGAAUAGCUGCAAUCGAGGAGGAUACUGUAAUUUCAUGCAUGUGAAGCAGAUUUCAAGGGACUUGAGGAGGAAACUCUAUGGAAGGUAUCGUCGAUCAAGGGGUAGUCGUAGUCGCAGCAGGAGUUUGAGUCCAUACCACCGUAGGGAAUCAGAUAGGCAUGGGGACUACCGUGAUCGGGACUACCGGAAUGGUCGGCACAGCGGGGACAGGUAUGGAAGAUUCGACAGUGAUGGGGGAAGGCGACGGCAUGGGAGUCCGAGGCGAACCAAGAGCCCAGUAAGGGAAGGGAGUGAGGAACGGAGAGCAAGGAUCGAACAAUGGAACCGGGAGAAGGAAGAGAAGCAGUGGUGAUUGGGUUUGAUGGUUGUGGCUAGUUCUCUCUACAAAGAAGUCAAUAUGUCAUGGAGCUCUUAUUGUCAUUGUUCUGCUAAUUGGUGCUGGUGGAGGAUGUUACGUAAAGAAUUCCUGGUGCUGCUUUGCUUUCUACUGUGUAUGUAUCUUCCCAUGAAUAUCAUUUGUUGGGUCUUGAUAGGUUUUCUGUGAUAUCAUAUUCCACAGGGCAGUUGUAUUGAAAGGGUUUUUAAAAUUUUUUCGUAAAUAGUCGAAUUUAAUUCUUAGUGUGUCAGUGUCACCUAGUCUCGUAGUGUUAGGAAAUUUAUUAUUCACUUUUGUUUCCUUCUACACCUUACUCCGUAGUUUUCAAACUCCCUUGUUGUACUUGUAAACGACCGUCUGACUCCUGAAUACCGGUCAGUCAUGUGAUUUGUGGACUUUAUUAUUUUAAACUUUGCUAAAACAACUAAAGUUAUAAUUUU